AUGAAUUUUUUCACACUUGUUAUUUUUAUCGUUACUGUGUGUCUCGAGCCUGUCUGGACAUUGUCACUGGGACAGUAUGGUGUUAGUGAUUCAAAGGGAAUAGGAUGGGGCGCUAAUUUUGGACGUGCACCCAUACUGGAGAGGUACUCGUGGAAUAUGCUGGACUGGGCAUAUCCAGAUCAAUUGAGCCGCGACGCUGCUCUUGCAAGCGGUGACUAUAUACCCCAGAAUGGACUUCCUGUCGGCAUCGAAAUCUGGCGGAACAAGCUCUUCGUUACCGUACCAAGGUGGAAGAAUGGUAUACCGGCAACCUUGAAUUACAUAUCACUGGAUACCAAUCGUGGUGGAUCACCAAAGCUAUCACCCUAUCCAAACUGGGCGCAGAACAAAGCUGGUGAUUGUGGUAGUGGCCUUACAACAGCGUACAGAAUUCAUGCGGACGAGUGCGACAGACUUUGGGUGCUGGACACUGGCACCAUUGGCAUUGGGAAUACUACUGUGCAGGCUUGUCCAUAUACGCUUAAUGUAUUUGAUCUCACCACUGACAAGAUACUCAGGCAGUACAGGCUGCGACCAGAUGAUAUUAAUAUGAACACUUUCAUCGCGAAUAUUGCUGUGGAUCUGGGCAAAGGCGGCUGCGACGAUGCUUUCGCCUACAUGUCAGACGAACUGGGCUACGGUCUAAUAGUCUACUCCUGGGAAAAUAACACGUCUUGGCGAGUCACGCACAGCUACUUCAUGCCGGAUCCACUCGCUGGUGAUUACAACAUUGGCGGGCUCAACUUCCAGUGGGGUGAAGAGGGCAUAUUCGGAAUGAGUUUAUCCCCUAUCGCUUUGGAUGGCUUCAGAACACUCUUCUUUCAUCCUUUGAGCAGCAAUCGAGAGUUUGCAGUGUCCACAAGAAUUUUGAGGGAUCCAGAUCUUGCUCUUGAUAGCUAUCAUGAAUUCCAGCCCCUUGCUGAGAGAUUCAUGGGCCAUUCAACAUCGGAAGUGAUGGACGAGAAUGGCCUUCAAAUAUUCAAUCUCGUCGAUCAGAAUGCCGUUGGCUGCUGGAACUCCCUCUUACCCUAUUCCCCAGCUAAUCAUGCGCUAAUAGCACGACACGACGAGGCACUCAUCUUCCCAGCUGACGUCAAGAUACGACGGGGAAUGGUCUGGAUAAUCUCCGACAGAAUGCCCAAUUUCCUCCUAGCUUCCCUGAACUACACAGACAUCAACUUCAGAAUACUUACAAUGCCGCUGUCAGCAGCUAUUGCCGGAACCGUCUGCGAUCACUCUCCGUGGAGAUUCAUAGGGAAUAAUGCGCUCUGGUGGGACCGACGAUGAUAAAAUCAGUCUUGAGGGCUGCGUGAAUGCUUAAUCGCAAUUUGUAAUGCACUGUGAGAAGAACAACCUAAUAUCACAAAACUAAAUUCUUGAGCCAGAUAUAUCAUCUCCGACUAACAAACGCUUGGGACGAAAAUUCGGUUGAAUUCCUAGUCGAAAAAUUUGGUCCGCUUUUGGCCUGAUUGUUCCAGGGAUAGUUUCAGCAAUAUUGAAAUUUCAGCAAUAUUGAAAGCCAAAACCGCAGUUUGUGCCAGUACCCAAUCCCUAAAAAUUCUAUUUUUUAUUCUCAAGUACACCAGAUCUUCCCUUUUCAACAUUUAUAGAUGAAUAAUUCAUUUGUUUAUAAAUGAAAUGUUGUUCCCUAUGAGAUUCCAUCUGGAAACUCCCUAUGAGAAUGUCCUACAGACUAUCUCUGGACGAUUUUUAUAUAUCCGCGCUCGCACGAAUGAAAAUGUAGAACCUCAUUGUAUUUUCAUUUUACAAUUUCCCCCCUAGAAUGAAUUCAAUGUCACUCUUCUGAAAACUACUAGUCAACUGUCCAUGAAAUUUCAUUUUUUUUCAAACAUUGUAUAAUCUCGUUUUGAGAUAAAAAUGCCAACUCCCGAAGUAGCGACAGUAGUGGUCACACGGCUAGCGUGGGGUUCCGGUGGUCGUCCAAGUUGAGCAGCGUUUACUAUGGAUAUUACUUGGAUGGGUGACCGCUGAGCUCCACCUACUCGUGUGGAACUGCUGCCGCCAGGCGCGAAUGUGGAGAACUACUGUGCUCAUCUAGCCAGUGUGACGAAUGGGCAUAGUAUCACUGAUAGAACGGAUUAGUUAUUGUUAACGAAUGGAUUUUGAUUGGAGGUUAGGGUC